GAUGGGAGACCCUGGACCGAGAGAUUCGCGCCCGCCGACAUCUCUGAAUUGGCAGUCCACAAGCGCAAGGCAGCUGACGUUCGCGGGUGGCUGGAAGCGACUUUCAAAGGCAAGCGUCACAAGAUCCUCGUGCUCAAAGGUCCUGCAGGUACUGGCAAGACUACUACUGUACGACUUCUUGCUCAGGAGCUAGGCAUCGAGCUCCUCGAAUGGCGAGAUCCAGGUGCUGUGGAAUCAGAUGGCACUACCUCUGCCGCGGCUCGAUUUGAGGAGUUUGUCGUCCGCGCUGGCAAAUUGUCGGGACUGAAAUUGACUAACGGCUCGCAUGUGAAUACGAAGGAUCUUCUACCGCCGGUCAGCGAGGAAAACGAUCGAAAGAAGCGACCGCAAGCGAUUCUCGUUGAAGAGUUUCCAAAUACUUUCUCAAGAACAUCGAGCACACUGCAGUCCUUUCGCUCCACCUUGGCACAAUACGUCUCUGCGACAGUCUCGAACGAUUCGAUGCCAACUCCUAUGAUCAUGGUCAUCUCCGAGACCUUACUAUCAACAAAUACUGCCACAGCGGACAGUUUCACGGCCCAUCGACUUCUAGGCCCAGAGCUCAACACAAACCCGUACAUCAACAUUAUCGAGUUCAACCCAAUCGCACAUACAUACAUGGUGAAAGCACUUGAGACAAUCGUGGUGAAAGAGGCUCGAAAGUCCGGCCGUCGCCGAACGCCAGGCCCUCAGAUUAUUGAACGUCUGGCUGAAAGCGGCGAUAUCAGAAGUGCAGUCUCGUCUUUGGAAUUCCUUUGCGUGCGUGGAGAUGAUGGUCAGUGGUCAAGCAAGGUCACUUUCACGAAGCCCAAAACGUCCAGACUGUCCAAGAGCCUGGCACCUCUCACGAACGCGGAAGAAGAAGCCAUGAAAUUAAUCAGCAAUCGUGAGAGCAGUCUAGGAAUCUUCCACGCCGUUGGCAAAGUCGUCUACAAUAAGCGAACGGAUCCAGAACAUCGAAGUGGGCUCGCACAACCGCCAGCUUGGCUGCCUCAGCAUCGGCGGAGCAAAAUGCCCGAGACGAAUCCGGACACUUUGAUCGAUGAGCUCGGCACGGACACAUCUACAUUUGUGGCCUCCCUGCACGAGAAUUACGUCUUGUCUUGUGGUAGCGCGUCUGCAGAAGAGACCCUGGACAGCAUGAGUGGAUGCAUUGACAAUAUGUCAGACGCCGAUCUGAUGUCUCUUGAUCGCAUUUCCUUCGGCACCAGAGCGUUUUCUGGAUCAGCGGCCGACACUUUGCGUCAAGAUGAGCUCGCGUUCCAGGUGGCUGUUCGAGGUGUCUUGUUCAGCCUGCCGUAUCCUGUCCAUCGUGCGGAACCGACUAACGGAAGACGAGGCGAUGCAUUCAAGAUGUUCUACCCAGCAUCGCUCAGGCUCUGGCGAAAGCGAGAAGAACUGGAGGAG